UUAAAACUCGUGGUGCACACACGGUAUUCCACAGAGACUAGCGUUUCACAAAAUGAAGAUCCAUACAUACUUAUUUCAAUUAAGUAUCCUGUUGUGUGGGUUUGGAAGUAAACAUAUAGCAGAAACGGAUGCCGACGUGUGUGAUAGACCUCAUUUUUGCACAAUUAUGCCUUGGCGUUCCUGGAGUAACUGCGAGCAAAACUGCAGCAGACCAGCAUUACAGCUCAGGAGACGUUAUCUGUGUUUCGAUACCAAUGUAUUCCCUUCCCCGACAAGAGAGAAGGUUUUAAGAUAUUGCAAUAUAUCGAAUCAAAUACUAAUGACGGAAAGGCGAACUUGUGAGAGAGUUAACUGCUCAUUAGGGAAAAAGAAUACAUCAAUCGCACGUGAAAACUACAGUUCGUCAAACAACAGCCUGGAAUUGCCAGUUUGGAUCCAGAGAAUUGAAUUCAUCGUUUUGGCAGUGGUAUCGGUGAUAUUUCUGAUGACUAUAGUAUGUGUUUGUCGAAAGUGUUGUCUGUUCUGGGGGUGUAUCACUGGUAAUAAAGAUGAUGACAUUGAAGUUAACAGAGGUAGAAAGAAAAUACCAAAGGGUAAAGUUUCGGCGAUUUCCAACAAGGAAAGCGUUAUGGCAAUGUCGCUUGUGAAUGUUUAGAACACAUAUUUGCUGUGUUGUUAUUCAAAAAAUAAAAUGUUGUUCUCGGUUGCUGCAUGCGUAAUAAAACAAAAUGU